UGUUUUAUCUCUAUGAUAUACUUUGAAAGACAACACCUUUUAAUAGUUUUGUUGAAAGCACUUGCCAAAAUAAAACAACUUGAUUGAAAACAUAGUUUUAGAUAACAAACAUCUAAACGAGAAUGUCCAGAAUGUAGUCCAUGUAAUUCUUACUGUAACUAAAUUAUUUGUCGGCAUACCACAAUGCCUAAACUACAAUAUAACAUUGAGAUGAACAAACGUACUUAACUAAUAAUGACAGUGUGAUCUGCUUAUUUUCUUUCAGUAGCAUCCAACAGUAUGUUAGUAUGUAUGUACAUGUACACGCAUAGAUAUAGGUAUAAAUGUAAACUUAAAUGGCACUUUUGUUCUACUAAAUAAUAUGAAAUGAUCACUUUUGUGACAAUUACGUAUAACAGAUGGAUAAAGUUAAUUACAAUAAAGCUAAAAUCAAUAUUAUAAGAUUCCUUAAAGCUCGUAGUUGGGAUUUGCAAUCUUCAGAAAAAAUGAUACGUAAAGAUAUACAAUGGCGCCAGGAAUUUCGACCAGAUUUAACAGACUGUAAAAAUUGUCAUAAUCAACCAGGAACUCACAGUUUAAGACAGAUAGGAUUUGAUGAAGCUGGGCGUCCAAUUAUAUAUGCAUCAUUUUCUCAAGCUAUUUCAAAUAGAAAUAUGUCAAACGAUGCAAUAACUCAUUUGAUAUAUACAAUUGAAAAUGCAAUCAAAAGUAUGAAAUCUGGGGUUACACAAUGGGUUUUUGUAAUCGAUUGCACUGGUGUAAAUAAAGACAUUGAAUUGAAUGAAAAUAAGUAUUGUUUGUUUGAACUUGAUUGCUCAAAUAAAUUUCUGAGUAAACGUAUUCUGGAGAAUAUUACUAAUCAUUUGCCGACUUCUGAGUAUUUAGAAAGAUUUUUUUUGUGUUCAAUUGAUGAUAGAAUAAAAUAA